CACCCUGGGAGAGCCGGAGGGCUCACUACCUCAUCGCCCGGGGAGAGGGCGCGCUUGUCGCGUGGUGGGGGUGGGACCAGUGGGGCGGGUGGGGGGUAGCCGUGAAGGACACGAAAUGCAGGGGUCAGGGUGGUGGUGGCAGGACUAGCUGGGGCACUAGAUCUGGAAGCUCUUGCGAGGAGGACGACUUGGGUGAUAGAGGAGGGCGUGGACGUGUCUGGUAUGGGAUGCAGUGGAAAGGAAGGGCCCAGCCACAAAUCCAGAGUAGAUCUGUGGAUGGUUCCUCAGAGGCACCCUCUUUCUGGUUGCCCUUUUAUUUGGCAGCACGAGAGCCCUGGUGGUCUCUGUUCAAAUCCUGGGAACUCUGCCUUCGGGUGAAUUUAACCUGCAUUGUAAGACUACGCAGGGUCUUUUUUGAUACUGGGUACAGACGUGGGGAAGAUGUCAGAAAACAGGAAGCUGUUUCUGGGUUUCGUGCACAAACUCCCCGAUGCGAGCGCAUCUGGGAACUCAGGCAAGACUCACUGCCCUUCCUGUCUAGGGCUUUUCAAAGCCCCCAGGCUCUUGCCUUGCUUGCACACGGUGUGCACGACGUGUCUGGAAAAGCUGGAGCCGUUCUCAGUAGUGGACAUCCGUGGGGGUGACUCAGACACAAGCUCUGAGGGGUCCAUAUUCCAGGAACCCAAGUCACGCAGCUUGCAGCCCCAGAUUGGCAUCCUCUGUCCGGUAUGUGAUGCUCAGGUGGACCUGCCCUUGGGUGGAGUGAAGGCCUUAACGAUAGACCACCUGGCCAUGAAUGAUGUGAUGCUGGAGAGUCUGCGUGGGGAAGGUCAGGGCCUGGUGUGUGACCUGUGCAGCGACAGAGAAGUAGAGAAGAGGUGUCAGACCUGCAAAGCCAAUCUCUGCCACUUCUGCUGCCAGGCUCAUAGGCGGCAGAAGAAGACGAUGUAUCAUACCAUGGUGGACCUGAAGGACCUGAAAGGCUACAGUCGGGUUGGAAAGCCCAUCCUGUGUCCUGCUCACCCCGCGGAGGAGCUGAGGCUGUUCUGUGAACUGUGUGACCGGCCCGUGUGUCGGGACUGUGUGGUUGGGGAGCACCGAGAGCACCCCUACGACUUCACCAGCAACGUCAUCCACAAGCAUGGAGACUCCGUGCGGGAGCUCCUCAGAGGCACCCAGCCCCAUGUGGAGGCCCUGGAGGAGGCCCUGGCUCAGAUCAAAAGUGUGAACAGUGGCCUCCAGGAGCGCGUGGAGGCAGUGGCGGCUGAUGUCCGAACAUUCUCUGAGGGCUACAUCAAAGCGAUCGAGGAACAUCGGGACAAGCUGCUGAAGCAGCUGGAUGACAUCCGGGUCCAGAAGGAAAACUCUUUGCAACUGCAGAAGGCACAGCUGGAACAGCUGCUGGCGGAUAUGCGGACUGGAGUGGAGUUCACCGAGCACCUGCUGACCAGCGGCUCAGACUUGGAAAUCCUCAUCACCAAGGGAGUAGUGGUCGAGCGGCUCAGGAAGCUGAACAAAGUUGAAUACAGCGCCCGCCUGGGAGUGAAUGAUAAGAUCAGCUUCUGUCCUCAGGAGAAGGCAGGCCAGUGCCGAGGCUACGAAGUGUACGGGGCCAUUAACACCAAAGAAGUUGAUCCAUCUAAAUGUGUCCUCCAGGGAGAAGAUCUCCACAGGGCUCGAGAGAAACAGACAGCCUCUUUCACCCUGCUUUGUAAGGAUGCCGCGGGAGAGAGCAUGGGCAGGGGAGGAGACAACGUCCAGGUCGCCGUUGUCCCCAAAGAUAAGAAAGACAGCCCCGUCAGAACGGUGGUCAAGGACAACAAAGACGGAUCAUACCAUGUUUCCUACACCCCCAAGGAGCCCGGAGUCUACACUGUGUGGGUCUGCAUCCGGGAGCAGCACGUGCAGGGCUCACCGUUCACUGUGACCGUGAGGAGAAAGCAUCGCCCACAUCCAGGUGUGUUUCACUGCUGUACCUUCUGCUCCAGCGGAGGCCAGAAAACUGCCCGCUGUGCCUGCGGAGGCACCAUGCCAGGUGGGUACCUUGGCUGUGGCCAUGGACACAAAGGACACCCAGGUCGUCCGCACUGGUCCUGCUGUGGGAAGUUUAUUGAGAAGUCUGAGUGCACAUACACCGGUGGGCAGAGCGCACCAAGGAGUCUUCUUAGGACCGUGGCCCUCUGAUGGCUUCCUGGGUACAAGUUCAGCCAGUUCUUACACCGGAUGGAUGACGGCGAGGCCUCCAUCCUCCCAGCUCUGACUUAGAAGAGGCUUUCCAAUGUGUCUCUAUACCCGGCAAUAGCGGAGAGCACUGACUGCAGGUACCUCCUAGGGGCUACAGGAUUCUGGGAAGAGUUGGCACUGCCUCUGCCAGCCUGCCAAGACCUUCCCCAGAUCCACUCCGUGUGUUCUGGGAUCCUUGGUUUCUUAUACAGCAGUAAACUCAGCAUAUAUUAAAUAGUUACUGAAACUUACAUUAUAUGAUUUCUUAGAAGUGGUGACUCAUCGCAGUGGUGACCUGGGUAAAGCAAAGGAAGUGACACACUUAGUUGACAGCUGUCAGGUCGCCACAGAAUACCUUUCCUUCUUGGAGUUGCUACAUUGUAGCUAUAAACAAAAGAUACUAAGUUUCUUCCUUUUCUGGAAACACUCCCCUUUAGCCCCUUUCUGGAAGCAAAAUCUCAUGUUCCAGAAGACAGGGCUGCCCAUCACCCCUCAGGUUGUCUGUUGAUUGUUCUUUACUCUUUAUGUCUCUGGGCCCAGUCAGGUGUCCCGAGCUUAUUACCAUUGUUGCUCUGAGAUCCCUGGGUCUCAGCCAGCAGUGGUUUUGCCCCACAACUACCUCCCCGAGGAAUGUCGGCAGAAUCUUGGGGAUACAGGGCCUAGUAGCAUCUAGUGGGGUUACAGGCCAGACUGUUCACAGAGCUUAGGACAGCUUCCGCAGCAAACGGGACAGGUUAUGCCUCCCUGAAGUGUCAUCUUCGGGUUUGGUGAGGCAUCCAUCGCUCCUGCAUGCUGCUCCACUGUUCCUUCCCAGUCUCCUCUGCUCACCCCUGCAUUUUCCUGUUCCCCGGACCCCCAGGAGAGCCGAAGAGCAGUCCUUCCACCUCUUCCUGUUCCCAAGGUCUCAUUCUGUCACUUAAACACCAUUUGUACAGUGACUCCCACGUCCCCUCCAGGUCCACUCUCUAGGUAAUUGUGUCCAAUGGCUUACAUCGCAUCUUCCCUGUGUGUACCUCAAAUUUAAAUGACUGCCAGUGUCCAGUUCUCACUUCCUCCUGCCUGCCAUCACCAACUGCUUCCCCUGUGGUCCUCUCUUGCACAUGAGAAGCACAGCUCUGUCCUUAGGUGGGGGAGUCUUGGAAACACGCUGCGUGUCACACACCAUCUCCAAACCACAGGGAACUCCCAUCAGCCUUACCUUGACUCAUCCGACUACCGCUCGCUGCGUCUACUGCUGCUGUCCUGGUCUGAGAUGCCAAGACUUCCCACCUCCAAGUUUUGUCAUUGUCUUCUCACCGGCCUGCUUCUGCCUUUCCCCCUCCACUAUAGCCCCCAGGAGAGAGCGAGCCUCUCAAAAUGUCACAUCAUUCUGUUCAGUACCCUCCCACCUUACUCAGAACAAGUCAGCAUACAUGCUUCACAUUACCAUGUAUGACCAGCACGGUCUGAUCCAUGUACUCUUCCUAACCUGCUGUCCUGUCCAGCCAUGGUGGCCCUGCCAGUUCCUCAGUCAACAGUCUUGUCUUGUCGCCUUUAUAGUCACUGGCCUUCUGUCUGUCAUGCCCUUUCUCAGAGAUGAUUCAUGAUUCACUCUGGUAUCUUCAAGUUUCUGCUCCAGUGUCAACUACCACUCUACUAGUGAGCCCCGUAACUACCCUGUAUAAGACAGCAGUAUCCUACCCUGGAGAAGGCAUCGCCCUGCAUGGCUUCAUCAUCAUCUGCCAUAUAUAAUAUCUUUUAUCUGCUGGAGACUUCGAGUUCCCUGAGGGCCGGGACUUGACAUUAGUAACUCUGUUAUCCCCGUGCAGGGCAGAUUUUGGCUUAUGUUGGAAACAACAGUAUGCUGAAUGAAUAAAAAUCAAGAUCUGUGGAA